AUGAGAACCAUUGACUUGGGCGGGCUUUCCAGCUCCAACUACACCGAGGACACUGUUGACCUCAUAAUUUGGCCCGCCGUUGAACUGGCUGUUACCCUUAUCUGCAUUGGCAUGCCCACCGUCCGCCCCCUAUAUCACACUAUAGUCCAUGGAUCGCGUCCGGAAAGCUCUGAGGGGAGAUAUGUCAAACAUGAGGACUCCAACUAUUCCACCCGCAUUCGUAUGCGGAACUUGGCCAAGGAUACCACGUCUUUUAGUUUUGUACAGGAGGAGCAUACCAAGUCGUAUAUUACUCAUUAUAGACAGAGUGAUGAAGAGAUUCUGGUGGGUCAGUAUGGAAGCAGUAAUGAUGGUAUUCGUAUCCAGGAAGAGGUGCGAGUGGAGAGAAUGUAA